CUUUAUCCAAGUAAACAAACCCCAGCUGUCUUUAAAGUUGUUGUUGGAAAUUUUUUGGUCUCGUUUUGUAAUUUUAAGAUAUUUUAAAUAAAAAAUGGAAUUUAUCCACGAAGGAGUAGCACUGGGAGUAGAUUUACUCAUAUUAGGUCUUUGUGUUAAGGAAUAUAUUAGUUAUAAGAAAAAUGUGCAGCUGCUAAAGGGUGCACCCCAAUUAAGCAUAGACAAAGACUUGAAGGAUUAUGUUGCAAAACAGAACGACAGCAAGGUGCCUUAUGCCGUUAUAAGAGGCAUUGUUACACCAAUUGGUGUUCCCAUGCGAAGUGUAAUGUCACCUUCUGUGACUGGGGUACUACAGGUCAUAAAGCUAAAUGAACAUCGUGUGGCGCGUGGAUUUGCUGGCUUUUGGUCUGAGCAACGGAAACUCAUACAUGUUGCCUCCAAUGAAAUGCCCUUCGAAUUGCGCAACAACGAUGCUGGCGUCGAAAUCGUUGACGCACUCUCGGCUGCUGUUUUAGACAUGGAUGUUGUAUAUGAUAAUUAUGAGCCAUCAUCCUUGUCAUUUUUCGAUCAUAUAUUUGGUUUCUUUUCGGGCGUACGGCAAAAGGGGCUGCAAACGACUGAAGAAGUUCUUCGAGAUGGUAGUUUUAUAACUGCCAUCGGUGAGCUGGAAGCAGAUGGUAAAACAUUACGCUUACAGCCGUCACCAUUAGGACCUCUUUUUCUCACUACAGCCACAAAAUCGACAUUAAUUAAAAAGUUCGAAGAAGCCAAAAAUUCCAUGCUAUUUAAAAUUUUAGUAUGCGGCACAAUUGGCGCUGUCCUAAUAGGUGUUGUUGGCCGGAAGAUUUAUCUAAAAAAGAAACAAGAACGUGACGAAAGACGCAUUCGUGAAACUCUGGAGAAAGAAAGGAAAGAACGACGUGCAAAAUCUAGGCCAGCACAUUUAACGCAGGAUCAAUUGUGCGUUGUAUGCAACAUUAAUCCAAAGGAGGUUAUUAUUCUUCCCUGUGGUCAUGUCUGCAUUUGUGAAGACUGUUCGGAAAAGAUAAAAAUGACGUGCCCUGUUUGCCGUGGAAAAAUUAAUACCCGGGCUGCAGCUUUUAUAUCUUAAAAAUGUAAUUUCAUACAGCUUAAAAACGAAAUCGCCCAAAAUGUUUAAUAUUAUUAAUUCUCAAUUUAUUUAAAAUAUCAAUUGUAUAUAGACAAAUUACAAAAUUAACUAUAGUAGUAGAAUCUACGUACAAACAAUGUAAGGUAUAAACUACGUAUAAAUAUGUAUAUGUUCUUCUUUAAAAAAAAACCGAAUAAAUGCAAAAUAAAUUCAUUUCGAGCCCGCAAUCACAUCAUAA